AUGUCUUUAAAGUAUCAGAAGUUUCUGUUAUUUGGAGACUCCAUCACGGAGUUUGCAUUCAACACGAGGAUGAGCGAAGAUAAAGGGGACCAGUUUAGCUUGGGGGCCGCACUAGCCAAUGUCUACACCAGAAAGCUGGAUGUGGUGCAACGAGGGUUUAGCGGUUACAACACGCGUUGGGCGCUCAAACUAUUACCGCGUAUUCUAGAGAGCGAACCCACCGAUGACAUCGUGCUGAGCACAGUCUUUUUUGGGUCUAAUGACGCGGUGCAUGACGGCUCUCAAAAGGUUGAACUUCCUGAAUUCAUUCAGAUCAACAUUGAUCUGGUUCGCUUGCUUAAAAGCAAGGGAAUAAAGCCUAUCCUCAUUGGCCCUGCACUCCAUGAUGCUGAUAAGUGGAAAUCUCUUAGGCCCGAAGAAGUUGCCAAAGGUGUUGUGCGCUCCAAUGAGAACAACAAGCGGUACUCAGACGCUCUCCAGGAGGUUGCUCGAACCGAAAAUGUUGCAUUCGUUAACCUGAUUGAAACAUUUUCAAAUCAAGGGGGCUCUGACUGGCGCUCUUUAUUGAAUGACGGUCUUCAUUUUUCAGGGAAGGGCUACGAGGUUUUUUAUAAUGAACUUUUGAAGACCAUCCGGGUUGCGUACCCUGAGUGGGCACCCGAAAACGUUACCUACAAGUACCCCAACUGGCGAGACGUCGAGCCCGAUGGAUCUAAUAUUUAA